AGCUCAUAUCAGAUGCGUUGAUCUAGGGAUCGUCCCGCGCUUCAGACGACGACGUCGAGCUUCGCUCCCUGGUCGCGUGGAAAGAUGGGAGCUGGAUCCGGCGGCUAGGUUAAUCUCUAUACUCAGACUGCCAACAACUGGUGACCACGGCACGCAGACAUGGAGACAGCGAUUCGCUGGUCACCGUGGUCCACCACGGCCGAGCAGCGCUUCCUGUACGUGGAUGUCGCAGGGAAGUCGUUCAGACUAUGCAGAGUCACCGAAUUUAAUGGCCGAGACCUGGAUUAUGAAGUGCUGUCAACCCAUUCGAAAGUGCCUGCCUUCCGCGCUUUCGACUGGUCCCCCGCAGAUGAGUCCCUCAUUGCCGUGGGCCAGUCUUCUGGAGAAGCUACCAUUCUGCGAAUGGUUGGUGAUUCUCAAGAGUCGCUGUCUUUUCCUAUCCGAAAUCAACGGUACUGUAAUGCGGUUGCAUUCAGUACACAUGGUCUGCUAGCUGCAGGGCUGGAUAAAGUCCGCAAUGACUUCUGUCUCAAUAUCUGGGACGUUAAUCAACGACUGUCUGCCGUGAACUCCAGAGGGACGGGAGUCAACAGACAGGUUGCAGAGCCGCUGCGGAAGCUUGCGAGCUCAGAGCCGAUCACUAGUAUCAAGUUCUUUCGGGACCAGCCUGAUACCCUGGUAACCGGCGUCAAGGGGCAAUUUGUCAGGAUCUACGAUUUACGAGAGGGAAUUGGAAACCCGUCACUUCAGUUUCCAACGCGUUGUGUGCAUAAUCUGGCCAUUGAUUGGCUAGAUGAAAACUACAUAGCUUCCUGCUAUACGUCAAAUGAACCCACGAUCUGUGUCUGGGAUCGUCGUGCAGGAUCACGCUUCGUCUCUGUUCCAUCUGCGCCAGGCGCCGCGGAGCAAAGUCAGCUGGGGCCCGCCUUGGAUUUCAAAAACGUUCUGGAUCGGGACAGUACGAUCUGGAGUAUGCGCUUUUCCCGAACGAAGAGGGGCUGUUUAGGUGUCCUCUCCAAUAAAGGCCAUUUUAAAGCAUAUGAUAUCGCUAAAGAAUACAUGUCCGAAGGCCAAAGCGCCAACCUUGAUCAAACACUCGGUCAAGGCUCUUCCAGGGACUACCUGGAACCGAUCUAUACCAAACACGUACGUGAUAUUCGCAGCCCUUACACCCAUCCGACUCGUGGCUGCAGUGAAUCCGAACGGGUAGUUUCUUUCGACUUCCUCAAUAUCAGCUCUUCAAACCAACCGAGCGCCAUCACCUUAGCCGGCAAUGGGAACGUGGAAAUUGCCACUCUUCAACCCCCAUGCCCACCGGUCCGUCUCUCCUCUCAGGGAGUGCUGGUCCGUGGUGGUUCAUCUGGAAAUGCCGACUUUGAGGUGGUUUAUCCUUAUUCUGGAGCCGACAGGAAAAUAUCGGACGUGGUCAGCAGCAUACGACAUCGUACGCUGCCAGGGUCGGGGGAACAGCCAGCGUCAAACGGGGCCAUAGAUGGUCUGUCCCAGAGGGAUGGUGUUCAGCCUCUCUCGAGCCGUGAAAACAGAGAGCAUUCAUUAUCUCUAGGAGUACUAGGUACUCCACUCGAGGUGGGAGAUGCUUUGACGUUGAUGACUGUCAGUCGCUUCCGUUGUAAAGAAGGCUAUCUUUUCGACGGCGCCAAGAACAAGGAGAUACUGGCCGAUGACAUUCAUCUCCAGGACUUAUGGGAUUGGAUAGAGUGUUCCCGAGGACACUCAUCUGGAGAUUCAAUGAUCAUCAACGGCAUUGAUAUGAAUUAUCUCGGAGUGUAUAGUAUCUGGAACAAUGAUCUUGGGACAAGUCUCAACAGCCGAAAAGUCAGUCCAGUCACAAGCGAAGAAAUCGAUAUCAGUGAAACGAUCAGAGAACUUGCUCAUCAACUGCAGCUUCCCGAAAUAAAAGGUUGUACGUCAGAAUUUCUAGAACAUCGGCAAUUAUGCCUUCAUAUCUGCGGCGCCGCAGAAUCUGAAAAUGGCCUCGAAGAUACUGUGAAGCAACUUGUCUCUGAAAAGCAGCAUACAAAAGCAGCCGCUCUGGCAGUUUUCCAGGACGAAGCCAAACUUGCUUAUUUGGCACUGCGCAACAACCAGCCGACACAAGCUCACAAGCUGCUAGCAAUGGCUAUUGCUGGUGCCGCGAAAGGAGAAGCUGACUCAGAUUGGGAAGAGACCUGUGCAGAGAUUGCGAAAGAACUAACUGAUCCCUAUGCUCGAGCUAUCCUGGCAUUGGUCAGCAAAGGUGAUUGGAAUUCUGUGAUUCAGGAGACGACUCUGCCUCUGAGGUAUCGCGUCGAGGUUGCUCUGCGGUGGCUCCCGGAUGAUGAUCUCACUCUAUACUUGAGGGAUGCUACGGCGGAAGCUAUUCAACAAGGUGAUAUAGAGGGAAUUGUACUCACUGGGCUUACAAACUCUGCGAUGGACUUGUUCCAAUCCUACAUCAAUAAGUUCAACGAUGUGCAGACCUCGGUUCUUGCCAUGAGUCACACAGUUCCGCGUUUCAUCGAUGACGAGGCAGUGGUGGCUCGCUUCAAUGCAUGGCGCGAGACCUAUCGUUGGCAAAUGAAUUCUUGGAAGUUGCAGCUCGAACGGGCAAGGUUCGAUGUCGGUUCCCGCAAGUUCGCUGUGACCUGGGAUGGCCGCAGGCUGGUCUCGCCGCCAAAGCAACAGGUCAGCUUGACCUGUAACUACUGCACGCGGCCACUGGCACAAUCCACUCCGUCCAAGUCCGGCGGGGAGGUCGUGCACCCCACUGCUGGAAAUCCGCUUGGUUCGAGCUCUCUUUCUGGCACAAUUUGCCCUAGGUGUGGACGCCACAUGCCGCGCUGUGGUGUCUGUACAUUGUGGUUGGGUUCUCCUGACCCAAUGACAAGAGCCUGCAUCGUUGCGGAUGCUGCUCAAGGCGACCAAAAGCGUACGGAAGAAGACAUUAUGCGGAGAUUCGUUGUCUUCUGUAUCAACUGUAACCAUGGUUUCCAUGCUCAUCAUGCCAGAGAUUGGUUCUCUCGGCAUAAGAUCUGUCCUGUUGCAGAAUGCAACUGUAUUUGUGACCGAUGAUCUCUUGGUAGAAGGACUCCGAGAUUGAAGUCAACGCGGAGAAAAUUCUGCAUGGACUGAACAGUGGUGUAUCCUCGCUCGACUGUCUAAU